AUGACCGACAUUCAGCAGUGGCAGGCCGACGGUGGCUCGAACAACGAGUUCAUCGAGCUGGUCCUGCGCUCGGGUUGCGUCAAGGCCUGCAAGUGGGUGCUCGGCAUCAGCCGUACAUUGGUCGGGCUCCCCUCCGGGAUGGUGCGGGAGCGAGACGCGGAGAUACCGCGGCGCUGGGACGAGUUCUUCAUGGACGCCCUCGCCACCGACGAGCACAACUCCAAGGACGUGUCUCUCACCGACAUGAAGGUUGGCGCGUUCAGCGCCACCUCCAUCGCCAGCCUCAAGCUCGGGAAUCUGGGCGGGAUCGAUUUCGAUAAGGACUUCGUCUGCCCGAUCCUGCGGCACACGGCGGGAGAGCAUCUGCAGCGGAUCCCGGUUGCCGAGAGCACGAUCCAGCCGAUGACGCUGGUCGACGUCAUGAGGGACCCGGUGCGGCUGAUGGCGCACAUGAUGUAUGUCCCCCGGCUUUUGCACUGCAUCGGUCUGCCGAUGGACGCCGAUAACAGCUACUCUUCGCUCAUGGCCUUCAUUGAGCCGAACCUGCGCAAGGCGCGCGCCAACGGAGUGCUGGUCACCGGGGCUACGAACGCGGCCGAGCUCGUGGAGGCGGCCUUCACGGAGGCGGAACUACGGCUGCGGGCGUCGCACGACAGCAACACGGCGCGCUCGUUGUCCUUCAUCGGGGAGACCCUGCGCGCCAAGGACGAGUAUGACAAGUACCUCUCCGAGCUCGACGACACGAUCUGUCGUCGCAAGCGGCACUUGAAGGAGGAGCAGGAUAUGGAGGAGGAGCGACGGGCGAGGUACGCGGCCGGGGCGCCAUCAGGCACCGCGCCUCCCAAGCCGCAGCCGCCGCAGCCGCCGCAGCCGCCGCAGCCGCCGCAGCCGCCGCAGCCGCCCAAGAAGAAGAACAAGAAGGGUGCGGGCGACGGGGCGGUGCGGGACCGGAGUGGCGAGCUUCGCUCCGACGGCUCCGCAGGCUUUGCUUUCGGCUCCUCUGUGACCUACUCGCGCCCGCUCAUCGCCGGGGCAUUGGCGAGCAAGUACGGCGCGGCCGAGGCGGAGGGGGCCUGCGUCAUAUAUGCGGUGCAGCGCGGCGGGCCCGAGCGGCAAGAAGCCGCGACAGGCCUGAGUCCUCCGCCCACCGCACCUCGGCUCGCUAUCGUCAACGGCGGCUGCGUUCAGCAGCUCGAGCCGGCGGCGGCGGCCGAGGCGCGGCGGCGGCGCGCUGUGCGCUUUGCGGAGCAUAUUGACCCGGUGGCGACGCUCGACGCGGUUCACGCGGUCAAGCGCGUGGCUUUCGCAGAUCGACCUAGUGCACAGACAGCACUGGAUCUGGCCGACUCGGGCCCUUGCCCGACGGCCAAGGAGUACGCGGACGCGUGGGAGCGUAAGCUGGCGGGGACACCGGGUCGGUGCGACUCGCCGCUGCUUUCGCAGGCGCGCUCGCGCGGCGUCGCCGACCCCGACUUUGGCUUGCGCGUUCAUGCGCUUUCCAGGGACGACGACUUGCCAUCAGGCUUCAGCUCUCGGCCCGGGGCGCUGCGACGUGUGGAGCCGUGCGGGCGUGCCAAGCCGGGCGAGCCGCCCAACCCACGGGGCAACCCAGUGCGGCCUGCCGGUGAGACGAAGGCUGGCUACGCUGCGGCCGUCCGUGACUAUGCCGAGGUGCUCUCUAACGUCGGGCUCGAGCCCGCGUGGGAGGUCUGCCAGCGAGUCGGCGCCGGCUCGAGGGCCAUCCGCGCCCAGUGUGAGCUCGUCGACAAGGCUCUGCCAGCUGCGAUGGCUGCUGAUGUCGACCACGUGUACGACGACGGGAAGCACAAGGCGUGGACCGCAUCGGCCAUUGACCGCACACUCGACGGUGUUAUGACAGCCACGCUGUCUUCGGCGGAGCGCCAGCAUAAGACGUUCCACUCGAAGCGCGUCUGGCUCGCGUCGGCAUUCAAGGCCAACAGGCUGGCGGAGGGCGAGAUCCAGGCGCUCUGCAGGGAGCGAACCUGGCUGACGGCAAAACUGAAAGUUAUCCAGACUGUGCACGUCGGCUCGAAGUCGAUGCCAAAGAAUCGCCUCGAGGACCUGCCUCCGGACGUGCUGCGUCAGAUCUUCCGCCUCCUCGCCGAUCCUUUCGCUCCCGCCUCUGCGUGCGCACUCGUGGGCUGCUGCCGCUACACCCGCUCUGCCUUCCGCAGCCGCGCGACCGGCGCUGACCGCACCGAAGUCGAGCGUUUGAGGCUUUGGUGGGGCCGGGCGACCGCGUUUUGCGGGUCUCACAGGACGACCGCGUCACACAUGAGACUGGCGACGACCGUCGGGCUGAGCGAGAGUUUCGCCGUCGCAGAGGCCCCGACGCUCGCGCUGCUGCUGGAGCGCGGCUCGUUCCGGCGGCUCUGCUGGCUCCAGCUUUACGGCAGCCUCCUGAGCGAGGCCUCCCUCCGGCCGAUCGUCGAGACGCUGGCGGCGGGCGCCUCUCCCUCGCUCAAGAGCCUCGACCUCGCGGGCAACCACCUCGGCGACGCGUCGUGCGCCAUGCUGGCCGCGCGGCUGAGCGAGAGCCCGGCGCGCGUGCUGCCGGCCCUGGAGGUGCUCGGACUCGGCUCGACCCGCAUCAGCAGCCGCGGCGUCGAGGCGCUCGCUAGAGCGCUGGCUCGCGGGGCCAUGCCGCGGCUGGUGGGCCUCGGGCUGCGGUCGAACGACAUCGACGACGAGGGCGUUAUUGCGCUCGCCGAGAGCGGCAUGCUGGGCCUCGCGGCGCUGAGGGAGCUCUUCCUCUGCGGAAACGACCGCAUCACGUGCGCCGGCAUCGACGCCCUCGCGGCCCGCUUGCUUGGAGGCUCCUUCCCCUCUCUGCGCUGGCUCGACGUGCCGCCCCUCAAGAGCAGCGCCUUCCACGCGGCCUGCGCGGCGCGCUGCGUGUGCGUGCUCGACACUCUCGGACCAGCGCACGCUCCCGAGAACCCAACCGCCGGUAGCCAGCAGCCCGCGACGUACGAAUGA